UUGUUUAGUCAGUUUCUAAUGGCAUGUUUUUCUAGUGUUUACUUUACAGUAUUAUAAGAUUUUUUUAUGAAUUCUCUCAUUGUGAUUAAAAACAAAUAGUCGAUGUAAAGUUGUGUGUAGUGAGAUGGAUUGUAGCUUCUAGUUGAAGCUAAUUAUAAUGUCGAAGACUCUGAACGCCUACAGAAUAAAGAAGAUCGAAUCCCUGGGCAGGAUGACUGCGAUGACGCAGGAGGAGAUGGUGGCGGGCGCGCGGACAGUCGCCGCCGGGCUUGAAGCGCUGCGGGCCGAGCACGCGCAGCUGCUGGCUGGCCUCGCAGCCAACACUCAGCAUGAGCACGAGAAGGCAUCCCUGGUCAGGAAGAGCAUUGACGCAAUCGAGCUGGGACUCGGCGAAGCACAGGUGAUGAUGGCUCUAGCAUCGCACCUGCAGUCAGUAGAAGCAGAGAAGCAGAAGCUGCGCACCCAGGUGCGUCGGCUAUGCCAGGAGAAUGCAUGGCUUAGGGACGAGCUGGCAGCCGCCCAGCAGCGCUUGCAAGCAUCAGAACAGCGCGUCGCACAGCUAGAGGAGGAGAACAAACAUCUUGACUUCAUGGCUUCUAUCCGUAUUGAUGUGUGUAAGUGUGCAGGUAAGUACCGCGAGGCGGAGCCGCUGUGCAAGCGCGCGCUCUGCAUCCGCGAGGCGGUGCUGGGCCGCGACCACCCCGACGUCGCCAAGCAGCUCAACAACCUCGCGCUGCUCUGCCAGAACCAGAACAAGUACGAGGAGGUGGAGCAGUACUACCAGCGCGCGCUGGAGAUCUACGAGAGCAAGCUGGGCCCCGACGACCCCAACGUCGCCAAGACCAAGAAUAACCUCGCUUCCUGCUACCUCAAGCAGGGUAAAUACAAGGAAGCAGAGACUUUAUACAAGCAGGUGUUGACGCGCGCACACGAGAGAGAAUUCGGCACUAUUGAUGGUGACAACAAGCCGAUCUGGCAGGUGGCGGAGGAGCGCGAGGAGAAUAAGCACUUGCAGAAGGAGAACGCGCCAUACGGCGAGUAUGGAGGCUGGCAUAAGGCUGCUAAGGUGGACUCUCCGACGGUGACCACAACUCUAAAGAACCUCGGCGCGCUGUACCGCCGCCAGGGUAAAUAUGAAGCUGCAGAGACCCUGGAGGACUGCGCGCUGCGCAGCAGGAAGGAGGCAAUGGAGGGUGUCAAACAGAAUCGCGCGCGCCGCCCCGCCGGCCGCGACCUCGCCGAGCCUCCCAGCGAACACGACGAGGGCACGAAUCAAGCGAGCGAGCCGCGUAUGAACCUUAAAUCGAAACUGUUCAAUGCGCUAGGUAUCAACACGGGCAGUAGCGCACCGCACCAAUAGACUAAGACCUAACCUAGGAUUUAAUUUAAGUAAUCACUCGCUUUCAGUGAUGUCUCUCAGAGGCUUCAGAUUUUGUUCUGUAUUUCGCUCAUAGAAGACAUCACAUAAUCACUGACCGCCAUCUUGCGUUUUAUAGCGCCUUUUAUAAUCUGUAAUGCGUUAAGCAUUUUUAAUCUUUGGCACAUUUUACGCAAAAUGGCGGGCUACGUAGCUUAGUAUUUAUUAGCAUGCUCUAAGUUUA